GUCGGUGUCAGGAUCAGGAACGAAAGCUUUCUUUGAAGAAUCAAAUCUGUGCUUCCCUUCCUUCCCGACUUUUUCCCUUUCUCGUACACUAUUAAUGCAUCUCCCCAGUCCCCACUGUGGUCCGUAAAAAGUACAGCUCUUUGAUUCAAAAUCCUGCCUCUGGUUUCCGGGGUCGUCUCGGGUCCGUUUUUUUCCAACUAUUUUCCAUCAUGGGUUCGCUGAAGAACGAUGAGGAAAUCGAGCAGAUGGGUGAUGGAUCAGCGAAAGAGGCGAUUCUCUAUGUUAAUGGAGUUCGAAAAGUUUUGCCUGAUGGCUUGGCUCACUUGACCCUUCUCGAGUAUCUCAGAGACAGUGGGCUCACUGGGACGAAGCUGGGAUGUGGUGAAGGUGGCUGUGGAGCUUGCACUGUUAUGGUUUCUCAGUAUGAUAAAAGCACAAAGACAUGUGUGCACCGGGCUGUCAAUGCGUGCUUAGCUCCUUUGUAUUCGGUUGAAGGAAUGCAUGUGAUUACUGUAGAGGGAGUCGGGAAUCGAAGAAUUGGAUUACACCCAAUUCAGGAAUCGUUGGCACGUUCUCAUGGCUCCCAAUGUGGGUUCUGCACUCCUGGAUUUAUUAUGUCAAUGUAUGCACUAUUAAGGUCGAGUCGAGAACCCCCUGCCGAGGAGCAAAUCGAAGAAUGCCUUGCUGGAAAUUUGUGUCGUUGUACUGGUUAUAGACCAAUCGUUGAUGCAUUUCGGGUUUUUGCUAAGACGGAUGAUGCAUUGUACACUAACACUAAUCCUAAAGAAGGUGAAGAGUUUGUGUGCCCUUCGACUGGUAAACCUUGUUCAUGCAGAUCGAAGGUUCCGGUGGAUGACAAAUGUACUUCCGUUCAUAAUACAGCUUGUGGUGGUGAGAGGUAUAAUACUUCAUCAUAUAGUGAAGUAGAUGGGAGCAAGUACACAGAGAAAGAGCUAAUUUUUCCUCCCGAGCUAUUAUUGAGGAAGCUGACUCCUUUGAGUUUGACUGGCUUCAACGGGCUUAAAUGGUACCGGCCUGUAAGACUUCAGCACGUGCUGGACCUAAAAGCAAAGUAUCCUGAUGCGAAGUUGGUGAUUGGUAAUAGUGAAGUUGGGAUAGAGAUGAGGCUGAAGAGACUCCAGUAUCAGACUUUGAUCCAUGUGGCUAAUGUACCUGAACUUAAUAUCUUGAAUGUUAAGGAAGAAGGCAUAGAGAUAGGAGCUUCUGUAAAAUUGACUGAUCUCCUGCAAGUGCUUAGAAAGGUUAUAGAUGAGCGUGCGGCUCAUGAAACAUCAUCGUGUAAGGCCAUUGUCGAACAACUGAAGUGGUUUGCUGGAACACAGAUUAAAAAUGUUGCCUCUGUUGGAGGCAAUAUUUGCACAGCUAGUCCAAUAUCUGAUUUAAAUCCUCUGUGGAUGGCUGCUAAAGCAGAGUUUCGAAUUGUGGACUCUAAGGGAGGCAUUAGAGCAACACAGGCAGAUAAGUUCUUCUUAGGUUACAGAAAGGUGGAUCUUCAGAGUGGUGAGAUUCUUCACUCGGUGUUCUUACCAUGGACUGGACGGUUUGAGUAUGUGAAAGAAUUUAAGCAGGCUCAUCGAAGGGAGGAUGAUAUUGCAAUUGUUAAUGCUGGAAUGCGUGUUUCUCUUGAAGAAAAGGGAAAGCAAUGGGUUGUUUCAGAUGCAUCAAUUGCUUAUGGUGGGGUGGCUCCUCUAUCUUUGUCUGCUGUGAAAACUGGAAAAUUUCUUAUUGGGAAGAGCUGGAAUCAGGAGCUCUUCUUGGCUGCUCUCCAGGUUUUAGAAACAGAUGUUCUGCUUAAUGAAAACGCUCCUGGUGGUAUGGUGGAGUUUAGGAAAUCUUUGACUUGCAGUUUCUUCUUCAAAUUUUUCAUGUGGGUUUCACAUCAAAUGGGAGGAGAUAACUCUGCCAGUCUAAGUGUGCCAUUGUCUCAUCUGUCUGCUGUACAACCCUUCAGCCGUCCUUCAGUCAUGGGAAGUCAAGAUUAUGAAAUUCAGAAACUAGGGACUUCUGUGGGGUCGCCUGAGGUGCAUCUAUCAGCAAAACUCCAGGUCACAGGGGAGGCAGAAUACGCAGAUGAUGCUCCCAUGCCAUCAAAUGGUUUGCAUGCUGCGCUUGUAUUGAGCCAAAAGCCUCAUGCUCGAAUAGUUGCCAUAGAUGAUUCGGAAGCCAAGUCUUCACCUGGAUUUUCAGGCAUUUUCUUAGCCAAAGAUGUACCAGGUGAUAAUCGCAUUGGCGCUAUUGCAGAGGAUGAGGAAACAUUUGCUACAGAGUUUGUUACUUGUGUUGGUCAGGUUAUAGGGGUUGUUGUCGCUGAUACACAUGAAAAUGCCAAGUUAGCUGCAAGGAAAGUUCAUGUCGAGUAUGAAGAGCUCCCAGCAGUUCUGACUAUACGAGAAGCCAUCAUUGCUGGAAGUUACCAUCCUAACACUGAGAAGUGUUUGAAAAGUGGCGAUGUGGAUGCCUGUUUCGGAUCUGGCGAAUGUUACAAAAUCAUUGAGGGAGAGGUGCAAGUAGGGGGCCAGGAACACUUCUACUUGGAGCCACAAAGCAGUUUCAUAUGGACUAUGGAUGGUGGCAAUGAAGUUCACAUGAUUUCAUCGACACAAGCUCCUCAUAAGCACCAGAAGUACGUGGCCCAUGUUCUUGGUCUUCCGCUGUCAAAAGUAGUUUGUAAAACAAAACGACUCGGUGGUGGAUUUGGUGGAAAGGAAACAAGAUCAGCUUUCAUUGCUGCUGCAGCUUGUGUGCCAUCUUAUCUAUUGAAUAGGCCAGUCAAAAUCACCUUAGACCGAGACGUAGACAUGAUGACAACUGGGCAACGUCACAGCUUUCUUGGGAAAUACAAGGUUGGCUUCACAAAGGAGGGAAAACUUCUUGCACUGGAUCUUGAGAUCUAUAACAAUGCUGGAAACUCCCUAGACCUGUCGCUUUCGAUACUUGAACGGGCGAUGUUCCACUCUGACAAUGUUUAUGCAAUCCCGAAUGUCCGCAUAAUAGGAAGGGUUUGCUUUACCAAUCUUCCUAGUAAUACUGCUUUCCGAGGAUUUGGGGGUCCUCAAGGCAUGAUCAUAGCUGAGAAUUGGAUUCAAAGAGUUGCUGUUGAAGUUGACAAAACCCCAGAAGAGAUAAAGGAAAUUAAUUUUCAAGGUGAAGGAUCAAUAACGCAUUACGGCCAGCAACUUAAGCACUGCACACUAGCCCCACUUUGGAAUGAACUGAAGUUAUCUUCCGACUUUUGUAAGGCCCGUGAAGAUGUCAAUCACUUCAAUCGCCAUAACAGGUGGAAGAAGCGUGGGUUGGCUAUGGUUCCUACAAAAUUCGGGAUAUCCUUUACUGCAAAGUUCAUGAACCAGGCAGGCGCUCUCGUUAAUGUCUACACAGAUGGAACCGUAUUGGUCACCCAUGGCGGGGUUGAAAUGGGGCAAGGUUUGCAUACCAAAGUUGCACAAGUUGCUGCUUCUGCCUUCAAUAUUCCUCUAAGCUCCGUGUUUAUAUCCGAGACUAGUACUGACAAGGUACCAAAUGCAUCACCGACAGCAGCUUCUGCAAGCUCUGAUUUAUAUGGAGCAGCAGUGCUGGACGCUUGCGAGCAGAUCAAAGCACGGAUGGAACCGGUUGCUUCUAAACAUAAUUUCACCUCUUUCGCCGAGCUGGCCAGUGCAUGCUAUUUUCAGAGAAUAGACCUCUCUGCUCACGGGUUUUACAUUACCCCCAAUAUUGGGUUCGAUUGGAUCACCGGUCAAGGUGACCCCUUUAGCUACUUCACCUAUGGUGCUGCAUUUGCUGAGGUUGAGAUCGACACUUUGACUGGGGAUUUCCACACGAGGACGGCCAAUAUUAUUCUGGACCUUGGCUAUUCUAUCAAUCCUGCCAUUGAUGUUGGACAGAUUGAAGGAGCAUUUCUUCAAGGACUGGGAUGGGCAGCAUUGGAAGAACUGAAGUGGGGAGAUGAAGCCCAUAAGUGGAUCCUUCCCGGGUGCUUGUACACAUGCGGCCCUGGAAGUUACAAGAUCCCUUCGCUCAACGACGUUCCAUUCAAAUUCAAUGUCUCACUUCUGAAGGGUCACCCGAAUGUGAAGGCCAUCCACUCAUCGAAAGCUGUUGGCGAGCCACCAUUCUUCCUGGCCUCGGCAGUACUCUUUGCCAUCAAAGACGCGAUCAUGGCUGCUAGGGCAGAAGUCGGGCAUCACGAGUGGUUCCCUCUGGAUAGCCCAGCUACACCAGAGAGAAUCCGGUUGGCUUGCCUCGAUCAGUUCACUGAACCUUUCAUCACCUCCGAUUUCCGGCCAAAGCUCAGUAUCUAAAAAUACCAUCAACCUAACCAGAAUGCCCAACAGAAAACAGCUGUGUGUAUAGUUUGUAUUGUAAGUCAAAAGUCCAGCAACUGUUUAAAACGCGGGAUUGUGCUGUAGGAAAGUCACAGAUGGGAAAUUGUUGGCACAGCCAUUAGAUGAAUAUGUUAUUGUCUUAUUGAUAUAAGAACUUGUGGUGGGUGAAACAGGGUUGUUGAUGUUUCUUCAUCGACUGACCUUGCGAUUCUUACAUAUCUCAUCUUUACCUAAUGUCAUUUGUCUGUAUUGCCCGCCAUUGACUUACCUUUUGGCUUUACCUAGAGUUUCUGUCUUUGUCAAAGGCAUUUUCCUCCUGACAUUGGCUUUGGAAUGGAGUGGAAAGACAAGGUAGAAAGUUUUGAGGAAGUUGUAGAAGCAAAAGAUAUUAGCA